AUGUCCCUCUACCUCAUUGAGCGGCUGAAGCAGCUCGGUGUGAAGCAUAUAUUCGGUGUGCCCGGCGAUUUUAAUCUCGAGUUCCUCGACUAUAUUGAGGAUGAUGAUACGCUGCAGUGGGUUGGAAAUGCCAACGAAUUGAACGCUGCCUACGCUGCCGAUGGAUACGCACGCAUCAAACGAUCGCUCUCUUGCAUCGUAACAACCUACGGUGUAGGUGAACUCAGCGCCUUGAACGGAAUCGCUGGCGCGAUGUCUGAGCGCGUUCCUGUACUUCACAUUGUCGGAGUUCCCAGCGAAGCAUUGCAGCAGAAGCAUGCGCUACUUCACCAUACUCUAGGCGAUGGUGUAUUUUCUCACUUUGCGAAAAUGUCUGGCCCGAUCUCCGCGGCGGUGGCCAAGUUGCACACCACUCCGACUGGCACCGAUGGCUUGCCCUAUGAAGUCGAUAGGGUCCUUUCGGCUGCCCUCACGCAGUGUCGCCCAGUUUACUUGACAUUCCCUACGAACUUGCAUCACGUCAAAGUUCCGUCAAAGAACCUCUUAACACCACUUCCUCACCCCCAUAGCGCCCCGUUAACCCCGGCUGCGUUGCUCGAGGAGCAUGUCACUGACUCCCAAGCUGACAAGGAGUUGGAACUUGUUGUAGGGGAAAUCCAGCGACUCUUCGAGGCAAGUCACGAUCCCGUUGUGCUGGUCGAUGCAUGCGCCGAGCGGUUCGGCGUUGAGGGGGAGGUCGAAAAGCUGGUUACAGCUACCGGUGUAAAGUUUUUCACUACCCCCAUGGCAAAAGGUGUUCUCGAUGAGAGUCAUGAAUCGUUUGGAGGUGUUUAUGUUGGUGCAAAUUCUCUCCCGGCCGUCCGGGAACUUGUCGAGAAGAGCGAUCUAGUUCUCGCUGUUGGCGCACUGAAAUCAGAUUUCAACUCCGGAUCCUUCUCCUGGGGGGUGGAGGUCAAGCACAUAGUCGAGCUUCACUCAACUCACACUCAAAUCGGAUACGCCCACUACCCAACCGUAACUUUCCGCACCCUACUACCAGCAUUGAACGAGAAAUUGGCGGAAAGUAUCGCCAAGCAUGGUCCAAAGACUGGAACGACUCGCAAACAAGAGAACCUCAAGCUGGCUGAAGAGCAACAGGCCCAAGCUGCAGAAGGUCCGAUCAAAGAAGUGGAAACAGAGGACGCCCAGAGGUUUGGAAAGGGCGCUAUUACUCAAGCUUAUCUCUGGGCCCGUAUGGGCAAAUGGUAUCGCGAGAAUGACAUCAUUGUCUCUGAGACUGGCACAUCAAACUUUGGAAUCAUUGAUGUUCCAGUGCCAAAAAAUACAUCUGUAGUCUCUCAAGUAUUAUGGGGCUCAAUUGGUUACAGUGUUGGAGCUGCUCUCGGAUGUGCAUUGGCUGCAAAGGAGCAGGGAGAUCGUCGUGUGAUCCUCUUUGUUGGCGACGGAAGUCUUCAGCUUACCCUUCAAGAGAUUGGCACAAUGAUCCGCCAUGAGCUUAACCCAUACAUAUUUGUUUUGAAUAACGACGGAUACGAGAUUGAGCGGUGCAUUCAUGGACCAACUCGCGGGUACAACAAUAUCCAGCCUUACAAUCAUCAACUUCUCCUUCAGGCACUUUCAAAUCCCGAUGGAAGCCAGCCAACGAAAUCGUACAAGGUCAAGUCCCAAACUGAACUCAAUGCUUUGUUGGAAGAUGAGACCUUCAACAAGAGAGAGACCAUCCAACUUAUUGAGCUUAUCAUGCCGCGUGACGAUGUCCCUAGAGCGCUCAAAACUCAAGCACAAUUGACUGCCAACGCGAACGCUGGGCUCUCUUGA